UUCCCUGCACUCACGAUGACCAUUUUCUUCGCACCUCUGCGUCUGCCUCCUCGUUCAACUGAGAAGCAAGAGUCAAUCGUCCGUUUGCUCUUGGAUCUGACCCCACUACAAUGGGCCUUCUUUUUUGUUGGCUGGCUGGCGUGGACUUGCGAUGCGAUCGACUUUUUCAGUGUCUCCCUCAGUGUCCCAGCACUCUCUAAGCAGUUCGAACGCGACACCACCCACAUCACUCAAGCUAUCACCCUCACCCUGCUCUUCCGCUCGGUCGGUGCUGUUUUAUUCGGCGUUUUUUCCGACCGUUUCGGCCGUAAAUGGCCGCUUGUUUUCAACCUGAUGCUUGUGGCCGUCCUGGAAUUGGGGGCUGGUUUCGUCAAUACCUUCAGGGAGUUUCUUGCCCUCCGCUCCUUGUUUGGUAUCGGCAUGGGUGGGAUCUGGGGCUUGGCUGCAUCCACAGCCUUGGAAAAUCUGCCUGUCGGACUGCGUGGUAUUGCCAGCGGGUUCUUGCAGCAAGGAUACGCUGUCGGUUAUCUGCUUGCAGCGGUCAUUUCCCUCGAGCUUGUACCAGAGGUGCGGCCUGGUUGGCGCGCACUGUUUUGGACCGGCGCUGGCAUCUCGGCCUUUGGUGCCCUCCUGCGUGCUGUGCUUCCCGAAAGUGCCGCAUUUGAAAAGGCGCGCAAUGCCGCUGAAGCUCAUGGCUUUGUCUCCGAGAAGGAGAAGACCAGAAUAUUCCUCCAUGAGACGAAGGAAAUGCUCAAGAAGCACUGGCUUCUCUGCAUUUAUUCAGUACUCCUCAUGACAGGUUUCAACUUCCUCUCACAUGGCUCGCAGGAUCUGUACCCGACCUAUCUUCAGAAGACGAAAGGCUUCAGCGCCCAUUCAGCGACUAUCGCCACUAUUAUUGGCAACUGUGGUGCCGUUUCAGGUGGUGUGGUAGCGGGCUUCUUCUCCCAGUACCUAGGCCGAAGAAUUACAAUUGUAGCCUGUGUUUUAUUAACUGCGGUGUUCAUCCCUCUUUGGAUCAUCCCUAACGAUUUCCAUGGGCUUGCUGCUGGCGCAUUCUGCGUACAAUUCGGUGUUCAAGGUGCUUGGGGUGUCAUACCCAUCCAUCUAACAGAAAUGGCUCCUCCUGCUUUCCGCGCGACAUUCCCGGGCGUUGCGUAUCAGCUAGGAAACAUGGUGUCAUCAGCCAGCGCCCAAAUUGAAGCCACUGGUGGUGCUCAUCUCAAAACGACACAUGAUGGCAAGGAAGUCCCCGACUACGCUAAAGUGCAAGGCAUCUUCAUCGGGGUCAUUGCUGCGUUUGUAAUCUUCAUAACCGUCAUUGGCCCAGAGAACCAUUCGUCUUCAUUCGAGCUACACAAGGCUGCGUUUGACGCUGGGGGAGGUUCUGAUGAGGCCUAUAUCGACGAUGCCGUCCCUGCUCGACAUGCGGACCUCGAAGCCAGUGACAACGAGAAGGCAACAGAAGAGAGGUUGAGCACGGACAACGAGAAGGAAGCUCAACAGUGA